AUGGCAGAAAGAAAAAUCCUAUCGCCGAGGAAGACGGGUAAUGAAUCAGCUGCAACUGGUGGUGAUAACAUUGAAGAAAAUACACCACCGGAAAGGAAUGAGAAUUGGACGUAUUUUGACCGCGAUGAAAAUGAACCACCGAGAAAACGAGUCAGUAAUACUGGUAACAAGGCGGAAAGAAGUACACUGGAGACGAGAACUGAUGCCGUUAAGCAGCCACCUGUUGCAUUUGAUAGUGACAGAACUGGAAACGAAUUGGAUAGUGAAUGCCGGGAGAAUGAAAAGAAGGCGAAAAUUAGUCCGUCAAGGAAGGAAAGAGCACUUGGACUUCUGUGCCUCAGAAAGGAAACGGCCAUUCGGACGAAUUCCGAAGAGUUGGUGUACAUAAUCGAACAGGCGGUGGUCAGAACUGAAAUACCUGUGCCUGACGUGUCGCAACAUACAAGUAAGAUCAUUAAAAUAAGAUAUACCAGUAGUCCAGGCAGUCUUCAUAUCCUUGCUAUAGUUUUUUAG